GCUGUGUGGAGGCUUCAGACUCCCGGCGCCAUUUAGCGCGGAGCGUUUCCUCAGCGGACGCGGCUGUUCUACCUCGGCCACUCUGCACCCCCAUCUUCUGUGACAGAAGGCGCCUGGUGGGGGUGACUGCUCUUUCCUCUCCCCAGCCCCUUCACCCAGUCCUCCCGGUCUCCUCUACUCUCGGCCCCGAGAAGCAGCGGAGCUCGGGCCCCGCGGUGAGCGGCCCUCCCCUCCCCACUGUUCCCUCCCUCCGUCAGCCCCCGGCACCGGCCCGGGAGGAGACGGCGUCUGCCAGGCCCGGGGCGGGCGGGAGGCCUCGGGGAAGGGAGGGCCGCUCCUCAGGUGCCGAGGCUUCGUGGCUUCGGCCCUUCGCAUCCGGGCCAUGGGCGCCCUGUGAGAUUGGUGCCCCGGCCGGGGGCGCGUGUGGGAGGCGACCGCCUGCCUGACUGACCCGGAGCCUGGCCGCCCGCCCUCGCCUUCCUCGGCCCCUCCCACUCGCUCUGGCCCGGGAGCUGCCACCGUUCGGGAGCCCGUGCUCGUGCCUGCCGCGCGUCGUCGCCGCCUUCGGGGCCUAGCCCGCCCAGCCCGGGCAGCGGCGGCGGCGCUGCCGCCGCAUCCGCUUCGCCUCAGUGCCGGCUCCGCGCCCUGCCCCUCAUGACUGCGGCGCCCCCGCUGCCCCAGCCUUCCCGGCCGUUCGCCGCAGGAUGGAUGCGGACCGCGAGGCGCUAACUCCCGUGGCUCAGCUCCUCGAUCGCCCGCCGACGAGCCCGUCCUGGGAGCUGCAGCAGCCGACGCAGCUGGGUCCCGUGUCCCGCCUCUCGUUCGGGGCGGCUAGUCAGUGUUGAGUGAGGAGCCGUCCCGGCUGCGGUAGCGGGACCUGCAGGCCUCCACCGCUUCUCGCGGGCGGCCCCGCACUCUCUCUUAAUUCACAAAUCUUAGCCAGCUCGCCCCGCUCCCGCCGACGACCAUGUCCGGGGGUGCCGCAGAGAAGCAGAGCAGCACUCCGAGCUCCCUGUUCCUCUCGCCGCCGGCGCCUUCCCCCAAGAACGGCUCCAGCUCCGAUUCCUCUGUGGGGGAGAAGCUGGGCGCCGCGGGCACCGACGCUGGAACAGGCCGGACUGAGGAGUACCGGCGUCGCCGCCACACUAUGGACAAAGACAGCCGUGGGGCAGCCGCGACCACCACCACCACCGAGCAUCGGUUCUUCCGCCGCAGCGUCAUCUGCGACUCCAACGCCACUGCGCUGGAACUGCCCGGCCUCCCGCUCGCCCUGCCGCAGCCUGGCGUCCCCUCGGUUGUUCCGCAGAGUGCUCCGCCGGAGCCCCACCGCGAGGACACCUUGACCGCCGCCGCCGCGGCCCGGGUAGCCCAGCAGCCGCCCGCCGCGGCUGCCCCUGGGGAAGCACCCCCCGCGGGCCCUGCCGCCGCGACUGCCCGCAGCAGUACCAGCCGAGACCGCCAAGUUUCCCAGCCUAACCAUGUGGGGAGCAGGGAGGAUCCUCCGUCGGCGAGAAGUGGCAGCGGCGGGGGCAGCUCCAGGGAGCCACAGGAGGAACGGAGCCAGCAACAGGAUGAUAUCGAAGAACUGGAGACCAAGGCUGUGGGAAUGUCCAAUGAUGGCCGCUUUCUCAAGUUUGACAUCGAAAUUGGCAGAGGCUCCUUUAAGACAGUCUACAAAGGUCUGGACACUGAAACCACUGUAGAGGUCGCCUGGUGUGAACUGCAGGAUCGAAAAUUAACAAAGUCUGAGAGGCAGAGAUUUAAAGAAGAGGCUGAAAUGUUAAAGGGCCUUCAACAUCCUAAUAUUGUUCGAUUCUAUGAUUCUUGGGAAUCGACAGUAAAAGGAAAGAAGUGCAUUGUUUUGGUGACUGAACUUAUGACAUCUGGAACGCUUAAAACGUACCUGAAAAGGUUUAAGGUGAUGAAGAUCAAAGUUCUAAGAAGCUGGUGCCGUCAGAUCCUUAAAGGACUUCAGUUUCUUCAUACUCGAACUCCACCUAUUAUUCACCGAGAUCUUAAGUGUGACAAUAUCUUUAUCACUGGCCCUACAGGCUCAGUCAAGAUUGGAGACCUAGGUCUGGCAACCCUGAAGCGGGCUUCCUUUGCCAAGAGUGUGAUAGGUACCCCAGAGUUCAUGGCCCCUGAGAUGUAUGAGGAGAAAUAUGAUGAAUCUGUUGACGUUUAUGCUUUUGGCAUGUGUAUGCUUGAGAUGGCCACAUCUGAAUACCCUUAUUCAGAGUGCCAGAAUGCUGCUCAGAUCUACCGUCGAGUGACCAGUGGGGUGAAACCAGCCAGUUUUGACAAAGUAGCAAUUCCUGAAGUAAAGGAAAUUAUUGAAGGAUGCAUACGGCAAAACAAGGAUGAAAGAUAUUCUAUCAAAGAUCUUUUGAACCAUGCCUUCUUCCAGGAGGAAACAGGGGUACGGGUAGAAUUAGCAGAAGAAGAUGACGGAGAAAAGAUAGCCAUUAAAUUAUGGCUGCGUAUUGAGGAUAUUAAGAAAUUAAAGGGAAAAUACAAAGACAAUGAAGCUAUUGAGUUUUCCUUUGACUUGGAGAGAGAUGUGCCAGAGGAUGUUGCUCAAGAAAUGGUAGAGUCUGGGUAUGUCUGUGAAGGUGAUCACAAGACCAUGGCAAAAGCCAUCAAAGACAGAGUGUCACUAAUUAAGAGAAAACGAGAGCAGCGUCAGUUGGUGCGGGAAGAGCAAGAAAAAAGAAAGCAGGAAGAGAAGAGUCUCAAACAGCAGGUAGAACAACAAUCAAGUGCUUCCCAGGCAGGAAUCAAGCAGCUCCCUGCUGCUAGCACCGGCAUGCCCACUGCCUCCACCACUUCAGCUUCAGUUUCUACACAAGUAGAACCUGAAGAACCUGAGGCAGAUCAACAUCAACAAUUACAGUACCAGCAACCUAGUAUGUCUGUGUUAUCUGACGGGACAGUUGACAGUGGUCAAGGAUCUUCUGUCUUCACAGAAUCUAGAGUGAGCAGCCAACAGACAGUUUCAUAUGGUUCCCAACAUGAACAGGCACAUUCUACUGGCACACUCCCAGGGCAAGCACAAUCUCAGCCCCAUGGGGCAUAUCCACCCUCAAGUAUGCCUCAGUCCAUGGCGCAUCCGUGUGGGGGGACCCCAACAUACCCAGAAUCACAGAUAUUUUUCCCAACUAUUCAUGAACGUCCAGUUUCUUUUUCACCACCUCCUACCUGUCCACCGAAGGUGGCCAUUUCCCAGCGGCGUAAGAGCACCUCCUUCUUGGAAGCCCAAACUCGCCACUUCCAACCCGUGCUGAGGACUGUUGGCCAAAAUCUUCUUCCACCUGGUGGCAGCCCAACUAACUGGACACCAGAGGCUGUAGUUAUGCUGGGCACUACAGCCAGUAGAGUAACUGGAGAGCCAUGUGAGAUACAGGUCCAUCCUAUGUUUGAACCAGCUCAAGUUCACAGUGACUAUAGACCUGGACGAAUACUUGCAGAAGAAGCUCACUAUUUUAUUCCUCAGGAAGCAGUUUAUCUAGCUGGGGUACAUUACCAGGCCCAGGUUGCAGAACAGUACGAGGGUAUUCCGUACCACUCAACAGUCCCGUCAAGUCCUGUGAAACAGAUACCUGAACAGAAGCCAGUACAAGGGGGACCUACCUCAAGUUCUGUCUUUGAAUUUCCAUCUGGACAGGCUUUCUUGGUAGGACACCUUCAGAAUUUAACAUUAGAUUCUGGACUGAGUCCAGGAUCUCCCCUCUCUAGUAUGUCUGCACCAAUCAGUACAGAUGCUACACGUUUGAAAUUUCACCCUGUCUUUGUUCCUCAUUCUGCACCCGCUGUGUUAACUCAUAACAGUGAGAACAGAAGCAAUUGUGUGUUUGAGUUUCAUGUUCAUACUCCAAGCUCCUCUUCAGGAGAAGGAGGAAUUUUACCUCAGCGUGUUUACCGAAAUCGACAGGUUACAGUGGACUUGAAACAGGAAGAACCACCUCUUCAAUCAGUUGGAUUGCAUGGCCGCCUGCAGCCUGUGACUGAAGAACAGCAGAAUUACCAUGCCCCAGAAUUGUCCAUUUCUGUGGUAGAGCCUAUCGGACAGAACUGGCCAAUAGGAAGUCCAGAAUAUUCCAGUGAUUCCUCACAAAUUACUUCUUCAGACCCCAGUGAUUUUCAGUCACCUCCCCCUACAGGGGGAGCAGCUGCACCUUUUGGCUCUGACGUCUCAUUACCCUUUAUCCGUCUGCCUCAGACAGUGUUACAAGAACCCCCACUUUUCUUCUGUUUUCCCCAAGGAACCACAUCUCAGCAGGCUUUAUCUGCCUCAUUUUCUUCAGGAGGAUCUGCACUCCAUCCACAGGCACAGGGGCAGAGCCAGAGUCAGCCAUCCUCAAGUAGCUUAACAGGGGUUCCAUCUUCCCAACCCAUACAUUCUCAGCAGCAGGGGGUACAGCAGACAGCCCCGCCUCAACAGACAGUACAGUAUUCACUUCCCCAGACAUCAGCCUCCAACGAGGCCACUACUGCACAGCCAGGGAGCCAGCCUCAAGCUCCACAGGUCUUGCCUCAAGUAUCAGCUGGGAAACAGCUUCCAGUUUCCCAGGCAGCACCAACUAUCCAAGGCGAACCUCAGAUCCCAGUUGCAACACAACCCUCAGUUGUUCCAGUGCAUUCUGGUGCUCAUUUCCUCCCUAUGGGACAGCCACUCCCUACUUCCUUACUCCCUCAGUACCCCAUCUCUCAAGUUCCCAUAUCAACUGCUCAUGUGUCUGCAGCUCAGACAGGUUUCUCAUCCCUUCCCAUCACAAUGGCAGCUGGCAUUAAUCAGCCUCUGCUCACCUUGGCUUCGUCUGCUACAGCAACUGUGAUCCCAGGGGGACCGACUGUGGUUCCUAGUCAGCUUCCAACCCUCCUGCAGCCUGUGACUCAGCUGCCAAGUCAGGUUCACCCGCAACUCCUGCAGCCAGCAGUUCAGUCCAUGGGAAUACCUGCUAACCUUGGACAAGCUGCUGAGGUUCCACUUCCCUCUGGAGAUGUUCUGUACCAGGGCUUCCCACCUCGACUGCCACCACAAUACCCAGGAGAUUCAAAUAUUGCUCCCUCUUCCAGCGUGGCUUCUGUUUGCAUCCCUUCUACAGUCUUGUCCCCUCCCAUGUCAACAGAAGCAUUGGCUGCACCGGGUUACUUUCCUACAGUGGUGCAGCCUUAUGUGGAAUCAAAUAUUUUGGUUCCUGUGGGCAGUAUAGGAGGACAGAUUCAAGUGUCCCAACCAGCUAUGAGUUUAGCACAACAAGCCCCUACUACAUCCUCCCAGCAAGCAGCUCUGGAGAGUACUCAGGGAGUCUCCCAGGUUGCUCCUGCAGAGCCAGUUCCAACAGCACAGCCGCAGCCUACCCAGCCUCAGCCUACCACUCUGGUCUCCUCUAUAGACAGUGCACAUUCAGAUGUUGCUUCAGGUAUGAGUGAUGGCAAUGAGAAUGUCCCAUCAUCCAGUGGAAGGCAUGAAGGGAGAACUACAAAACGGCAUUAUCGAAAAUCUGUAAGAAGUCGCUCUCGUCAUGAAAAGACUUCACGACCUAAAUUGAGAAUUUUGAAUGUUUCAAAUAAAGGAGACCGAGUAGUAGAGUGUCAAUUAGAGACUCACAAUCGGAAAAUGGUUACAUUUAAGUUUGAUUUAGAUGGUGACAACCCCGAGGAGAUAGCAACCAUUAUGGUUAACAAUGACUUUAUUCUAGCAAUAGAAAGAGAGUCAUUUGUGGAUCAAGUUCGGGAAAUUAUUGAAAAAGCUGAUGAAAUGCUCAGUGAGGAUGUCAGUGUGGAGCCAGAGGGUGACCAAGGAUUGGAGAGUCUACAGGGAAAGGAUGACUAUGGGUUUUCAGGUUCUCAAAAAUUGGAAGGAGAGUUCAAACAACCAAUUCCUGCAUCUUCCAUGCCCCAGCAAAUAGGUGUUCCUACCAGUUCUUUAACUCAAGUUGUUCAUUCUGCUGGAAGACGGUUUAUAGUGAGUCCUGUGCCAGAAAGUCGAUUACAAGAAUCAAAAAUUUUUACCAGUGAAAUAUCUGACACAGUCGCUGCUUCUACGUCUCAUGGCACUGGAGUGAACUUGUCUCACUCUGCUUCAUCCCUUAGUCUGCAGCAGGCCUUUUCUGCCCUUAGACAUGCCCAAAUGACAGAAGGACCCAGUACAGCACCUCCCAACUUCAGUCAUAUAGGACCAACAUUUCCAGUAGUACCUUCUUCCAUGAGUAGCAUUUCUGGAGUGCCAGCCACAGCAGCAGCCACGCCUGCUGUAUCAGGCCCUGCACCUAGCUGCCCUCUUACUGACACUUCCACCCCAGUAAUUCAGUCUGAGAUUACAGUGCCUGCUGAGAAAGGGGUUGCUGGAGUUGCCACCUGCACAGGUGUAAUAACCUCAAGUGGUCUUCCUGUACCAUCUGUGUCUGAAUCACCAGGACUUACCAGUGAGGUGUCAGGCACCACAGCAGCUACCAUUGUCUCAAUAUCAACAACAAGCCAGCCAGCUCAGGCUCCUGCGCCUGGGAGCAUUGUUUCUAGUACAGGCACUUUGACCUCAAUACCAGUUUCAACAACUCCAGCCUCUACAGGGGGUGUUGGUGCUGCCCCAGGUGCUAAGCCUCCACCUGUAUUACCUCAGCAGGCAGCAAGCAGUACUUCUGGGAUAGCCAUGGUGUCUUCGGCAUCUGCCACCCCCGCCUUCCCAAGCAUAGCUUCACAGCCAGCUGUUCAGCUUAGCAGCAGCUCCGCUACCCCCACCCCAGCUGAAACAGUGGUGGUUAGUGCACACUCGCUGGAUAACACAUCCCAUAGCAGUGCAGCUGGGUUGGCUUUGUCCCUCUCUGCAUCAUCUUCCUCUUCCUCCCCUGGAGCAGGAGUAUGUAGUUCUGUUUCUGGGCCUGUUGGGGUCCAUCCUUUGGUCAUUCCAUCAGCUGUAGCUUCUAUUCCUGUCCUUCCCCAAGCAGCAGGACCUACUCCUACGCCCUUAUUACCCCAGGUACCCAGUAUCCCACCAGUGGUACAACCUGUUACCAGUGUGCCUGCUGUACAGCAGACACUAAUUCAUAGUCAGCCUCAGCCAGCCUUGCUUCCCAACCAGCCCCAUACUCACUGUCCUGAAAUAGAUGCUGAUAUACAGCCCAAAGCUCCUGGCAUUGAUGACAUAAAGACUCUAGAGGAGAAACUGCGGUCUCUCUUCAGUGAACAUGGCUCAUCUGGAGCUCCACAUGCCUCUGUCUCACUGGAGACAUCAAUGGCAGUAGAGACCGCCGUCCCACCUGGUGUGCCAACCACUGCUGUUGCACCAGGCAAGCUGGUGACUUCCACAGCAAGCACUUGCUCACCACCAGCCAGUCUGCCAUUAGGAACAACUGGCUCAUCGGUUACACCAGUGCUCACAGCUGGACAAGUUUCUACCCCGGUCAGCACUGUACCAGGAGGGAAAGCAGGAGGGGCUCCAUUAAAGCCACCUUUGACCAAGGCUCCAGUCCUACCAGUGGGUACUGAACUUCCAGCUGGUACUCCACCCAGUGAGCAGCUGCCACCUUUUCCAGGACCUUCACUAACUCAGUCCCAGCAACCUCUGGAAGAUCUUGAUGCUCAGUUGAGAAGAACACUUAGUCCAGAGACUGUUGCAGUGACAUCUGCAGUUGGUCCUGUGCCCACGGCAGCUCCAGCAACAGUUACAGAAGCAGGAGCACAGCCUCAGAAGGAUGUUUCUCAAGCCACAGAAGGUCCUGGCAUAGCAACUAGUUCAGGGACUGGUGUUUUUAAGAUGGGGCGGUUUCAGGUUUCAGUUGCAAUGGAUGAUGUCCAAAAAGAGAGUAAAAGUAAGUCAGAAGAUAUAAAGUCUGUUCAUUUUGAGUCCAGCACUUCAGAGUCCCCAGUGCUGUCAAACAGUAGCCCAGAGAGUACCCUGGUAAAGUCAGAGCCCAGUGGGAUGGCCCUCCAUGGCGUCUCUCCAGCUAGGCCUGAGAGUGCCCACCAGACUCCUGGCUUAGAAGCUGGGUGUCCCACCAAGGUCGGACGUUUUCAUGUGACAACUACAGCAAACAAAGUAGGUCGUUUCUCCGUGUCAAGAACUGAAGACAAGAUCAAGGCGAAGACAGAGGGGCCCGUGGCAUCUCCUCCUUUUGUGGACUUGGAGCAAGCUGUUUCUCCUGUAAUACCAAAGAAAGAAAAGCCUGAACUGUCAGAGCCUUCACCUCUGAACGGGCCAUCUUCUGACCUGGAGGCUGCCUUCUUAAGUAGGGAUGUGGAUGAAGGUUCAGGUAGCCCACACUCCCCCCAUCAGCUGAGCUCAAAGAGCCUUCCUAUCCAGAACCUAAGUCAUAGCCUUAGUAAUUCAUUCAACUCCUCUUACAUGAGUAGUGACAACGAGUCAGAUAUUGAAGAUGAAGACCUAAAGCUAGAGCUGCGACGACUACGGGAAAAACAUCUUAAAGAGAUUCAAGACCUGCAGAGUCGCCAGAAGCACGAAAUUGAAUCUUUGUACACCAAGCUGGGCAAGGUGCCCCCUGCUGUCAUUAUCCCCCCAGCCGCCCCUCUUUCAGGGAGGAGAAGGCGGCCCACUAAAAGCAAAGGCAGCAAAUCCAGCCGCAGCAGUUCCUUAGGGAAUAAAAGCCCUCAGCUUUCAGGUAAUCUGUCUGGACAGAGUUCAGCUUCAGUCUUGCAUCCCCAGCAGACCCUUCACCCUCCUGGCAGCAUCCCAGAGACUGGGCAGAGUCAGUUGUUACAGCCCCUUAAGCCAUCUCCCUCCAGUGACAACCUCUAUUCAGCCUUUACCAGUGAUGGUGCCAUGUCAGUACCAAGCCUUUCUGCUCCAGGUCAAGGGACCAGCAGCACAAACACCGUGGCGGGAACAGUAAACAGCCAGGCAGCCCAAGCCCAGCCUCCUGCCAUGACGUCCAGCAGGAAAGGCACAUUCACAGAUGACCUGCACAAACUGGUAGACAACUGGGCCCGAGAUGCCAUGAAUCUUUCAGGCAGGAGAGGAAGCAAAGGACACAUGAAUUAUGAGGGCCCUGGGAUGGCAAGGAAGUUCUCUGCACCCGGUCAGCUGUGCGUCUCCAUGACCCCAAACCUGGGCAGCUCUGCCCCCAUCUCUGCAGCAUCAGCUACCUCUCUAGGUCACUUCACCAAGUCUAUGUGCCCCCCCCAGCAGUACGGUUUCCCAGCUCCCCCGUUUGGGACUCAGUGGAGUGGGACAGGUGGUCCAGCACCACAGCCGCUUAGCCAGUUCCAACCAGUGGGAACUGCCUCCUUACAGAAUUUCAACAUGAGCAGUUUGCAGAAAUCCAUCAGCAACCCCCCAGGUUCCAACCUGCGGACCACUUAGACCUAGAGACAUUAACCAAGUAGAUUCAGGGGCAGGAGGUAGAAUGCUGAGGGGUGGGGGGAGGGGGGAAGUAGCCUACAUACUAACUUCUAGUGCUGCAUAUAACUGGUUAUUUCCUGCCAGAAAUGAAUGUGUUUAAUGUUGCUUAGAGAGCCCUCAGAGUGAAGAGUCACCCUCCCCCCAUCCCAUUUAUUGGCGGGGACAAGAAGAAAAGAGCAGCUUUCUCAUGAUGGGGCAGCUUCAAAAUAUGGUUUCCUAUUUAUCUGGCAAUGGUGAGGGCUAGGAAGGAACCGUGGCUCAGGCUGCCAGAGAGCUCAGCGGAGAACUAAACCUCAUCCGUGUUUUCAAAUGGGUGGAGCUCUUAAUUUUAAAAGGUACCCACCCCAAAUCCCUUAUUCCCUCACGAACCUAAGCCUCAAGACAAAAAAAUAAUGGGCACCUCUUCUACCCUCUCCCCACCACUUUUUUUUUUCUUUUUCUUUUUUUUUUUUGCUCUUUAGAACUCAGUGAAAAACACCAGGGGGCUGAGGUUUCAACUCUUUCUUAUGAUAGGUCAUUAGUGCUUUAAGCAAACAUUAGCAGCUCUGACUGCAGCAUUAGCGAUUAGGAAAAAAAAAAACAAGUUCCCUGUGGACAUGUAACUUUGCCAUCAGUUUUGAUGUGGAAACACUGUGAUAUAUAAAUGUUGUUGGACAACAGUAGUUUUAAGAGUAAAAUAUGAAAGGUUUAAAAGGUUGAAAAAAAGCUCUAUCCUUUACUUAUUGAGACACUUUAACUUUUUCCUUUGUAUUUCCAUUGUAUUAGAUAAAUAAAUGUGAAUGUAAAAUUGUAUACAAUACUGUACUUGAAUACUUCUGUCUCCCAGUAUUGCUUGCUGGAUAUCUUAGUGCCUUGGACUUCUAUUGCUUCUGCCAUUAGCAUCAAAUUCUCAUCAGACCCCAGAUCAGUAAAAGGAAUGUGGAAGGAACUCUCAGGUCCAUGGGACCCCAGCAGGGACUCACACCAAAAGGAAAUUGAAAGUAUUUUUUCUUAAGUCAUUAAAUUUUGUCUAGAGCAGGUGUAAGAGAGGCAGGGUGGGAAGUUAAGUUGACAUCAGUGGUUGAAAGCAGAUAAGCUCUGUUCAGGAACAGUGAGGAGGGUGUUGUCACAGAAUUGGGCAGUUUGAAGACGAAGGGUGGUGUUUGAUAAAGUGAAAAGAAAAAGACUGUAAAGAAGAGAGCAGACUUGUCUUGAAGAUACAAGAAGCCUGGCCAAUGGAUGCAACAAGCCUUACUUGAGCUGGGCUUGAACAGAUGAGACCUAGAAGAAAUGGCUGAACGCAAAGGAAGGGGGUGGGGCCUGUUUUUAAGUUGGGGGACGUGAUGGUACAGGUGGAAAAGUUGCUCUAAGAAAAACUGGCUUGCUUUCCUCUUAUUGCAGAUGUACAUGCAUUCCUCAGCUUGGGGUACCCAUUUUGUGGAAAGUGAAUCCACAUCUGAAGGAAUGGUUUGUGGGAGAGAACGCUUUACUCCUGUUCUUCCUUAGGAUGUCCAUUGGUUGCGGGAUCAUAAUCUAUUGUGCCACCUUUGUUUCUAGAAUUGGAACUAAUCUAAUUUUUCAUAAAGCAAAUAUUCCCCUUAAGUGAAAAUUGCAACCAGCCAGUAUUACUUAUUCAUGCACCUAGUUGUCCGGCAUAGUUCUGCUACUUUGAGGGCUUCGAGUACUCUCCUAAUUGGCCACCUGUCGGAUCCCUGUUCUUACUGAAGAUAAGGAACAAAGCCAGGACUCUAAUUCUGGAUGCUGCUUCUCUUGACUUGAGUUGGGGAAUUGACGUAUUUCCAACCUCUCACCCACUCCAGGGGUGCAGCCUGGGAACCCCCGCAAGCAGGAUCCCAGGUGGUGUCCUGCUGCUCCUCCAGGGGUCCCGUUCUCUUCACGAAGUUAGCCAAGGCCUUCGAGGUGCAACAGGAGCCAAAGGUUUCAGAAGGUGGAAAUGAAAAGAGCGGGGGUUCUGAGCCCUGUUCAGAAUUGUUUACUUAUUUAUUCUCUGCUUAUAAUUCUUGGGUAGAUGGUCAGAGUAAGGAUAGAACAAAGAAGGUGCCAAGUGAAUGAGAAACAGGCCACCUAGGACAGAUCAAACAGUAUACUUCUACCAGAGGAAUGAGGGAACCAAAUGCAGCACGUUACUGUUUGGUGGUUAUUUUGGUUUAAUAAUUUUGGAAUCUUUCCCCUCACACACAAAAAAUAAGAACUGAUUUUAUUUACUAUUCAUUAUUUUUCCCUCCUGUGGAUGAAAUAACUGAAGCCUAGAGAAAUGAACUAGUGCUACUGAACUGUUUAAAUUAUUUUUGUGUUAAUAGUACACGUUACUUUUCCACAUUAAAAAAACUUUCUGAAUUAAAUGUUUUCCUUACAUUAUUUAACAAUGUACUGUUUAAAAAAACAAACUGAAUCCAAACCCUGGGGGUUUCUCAGCAGCCGUUACUUGUACAUUUUGCACUAACUCUGGGUGUUGUGCUUCUUGUGAGAUGGCGCUUGUGCUUCUUUGUAACCUUUGUAGACUUAUUUAAUGAAACCAUUCAAUAAACCAAACUUGCUUUUGUUGA